AUGACACUCUUGGAUAUGGAAAAUAGAGAAAGCAUUCUGUCGGCUUUGAAUAAUCUUGAAAUCGAGGUAAAUGGGGCUCCAUCACCGAUCCUCGAAGAGUACCUUCGUGAAAUUGCUAAGCAUGGACUCACUUUCAUUCCCUGGUUCCACGUUAAGCCCUUGAUUCUACAAAAGUUUAAUCACGUCAUGGAUGAAUUUGCUGAAGACAUUGAUGAGAAUAAGCGUCGAAAUAUGCCCCGAACUGCUGAAUUGAACGAUCUUAGGGAAAGAGUUUACAAAGAACUUAAUCAAUUUGAAGGGACUCCCUUCACCAUUCAGAGAAUUUGUGAGUUAUUAACCGAACCACGUAAACAUUACACGCGUCCAGACAAGUUUUUACGUGGAUUUGAGAAAGUUUGUCUGGUCGUGUCAACAGUCGAUUGUUAUGGAAAUAAAAUAUACAAUAUCGACCCUCGACUCAGUGGGAGUAUUGAGAGAUCCUCUACUAUCAUGAAUGGCACUUCCACUGAAUGUGGUUCGAACAGUUCGGUUGAAGACUCCUCUUCUGGUACCAAACGCUCAGACGAGGAGGAGGAGGAUGUAGAUGAAGAUAAUACGGCCACAACAGAAUCUGUCACGCCUCCAAGAAGUCCCUGUAUCAAUUUUUAUCGUUCUCUUACCGAUAGACGUCCUCCUUCUAACCUGGCUGAAGGUCACCAAAAACCCGCAAAAGACAUCCUGAUUGGCUCUUACAGCCCUGGUAUUCCUGGAAAGCACACAUUGCAGCGACCUUUUCUUAGCAACCGGACAUCUUCGUCAUUUCGUCCGAUUUUGGAGGAGUCAGAAGAUUUAGCCUGUGGUACUGACGAAGUUCAGGAUAGGGGAGAGAAAAGGGUGGAUGAUGUGGUGAUGGAAGAUGCCGAUGUUGGGGAAGAGAUUCGAAUCGGGGUAGCAUCGGACGGUCAACCGCUACCGAGUACCCGAUCGUUCGCUGGAAUACAGAAACUCUUCUUAGAGAAUGAUGCUGAGGAGACUGCCAAACCCACAACACCCACUGUUCCGCCAAUCGACCAAAUGCUGCGUCCAAUGGGCCAAUUGGAAGCCUUUGUUAAUACAAUUUCCAUGGUCCCUUCAACGCCACCCCCUGCUGAUGUUGCCACAUCGGUUACGGUAGCUAAUACCACUGUUUCUACGGCUUCGACUCCAGAUGAAUCGGUUGAUUGCUGCGCUACUAAGAACGGGAAAGAAGACCUGAAAGAAGUGCAGAUUCCUGAAAGUACGACGGAGAUGGCAAACACUGAGGUCGAAGCUGGCUGUGAGGAGGAAAGGACGGUACCUCCCAAACUAGUUGAAGAGGUAGAUGGUACCACCAGGCUUACAGUCUCCCGACCUUCGUUGAAGCGCGAGUCGUUCACUUUCGACGAAAGUGAUGAGGAGGCAUCGUCGGAGGAGUCUCCUGAGUUAAUGGCAAGCCCUGCGAAACGGAUGCGUGCUGACGAUGGGGAAGAAGAAAGUGUGGAUCGAGGCGAAUCUGCCAAUGUUAAUGUUGAAUCUCCUCCCAUGGAACAGCAACACAAUGAAGAAAUGGAGGAGACACCUAUUAAAGAGGGGCUCGAUGAUGCUCUCCAUCCACUGCAAAAUAUCGAUGAAUCCGCUUCGAAACAGAAGACGGUGGAAGAGGAGGCUGAAGAGACUCAGAAGCAGGUUUCAGGUGAAUCUGGUGCUAUUAUUGACUCGGAAACUGGCGAACACGAAUCAACCUAG